AUCAACAUCAACCACCUCUUGUUCACAAAUCCCUCUCUCACUGUCGCACUUUGGCGCAAUGGAGGUGGCGACAACAAACCAGGGUGGCACGCCCUACACCGAGUUUGCCAGCACCUUGGCCUCAUACCACGCCAAGUACGCAGAGGCAGGCCCCUCCAAGUCUCAGCUCGACUCGCCCAUCCCUUAUGACGACGUCCUCGACGAGUCCCGGGGCAUGAUCCGGGAGCUCAUGGAGAGCCUGAAGCAGAAUGUCCAGACACUCCACAGCAACGGCGGCCCAGUUUCGGACGAGGAGGAAGCCUUGUUGCUCGAGCACCGAACAUGGGCGUUGAUACGCGCCGUGUACGAAAACCGCAUCCAGCGCGCCGACCCCGAGUUCGAGGCUCCGUCGGCUGCUGAGCAGAUCCGAGCCAGCCCCUACACCACUCCCGAAGCGCUCGCGCAGACCAUUGUGAACGAGAGCUCAGACCUGAGCUUGUGGGCGACUCUGGUGGACCACCUGCAAACACGGCCUCUGCUGUCCGAACCAAAACCUAUUGAGGGUCGCAGCGGCUACUUGCCUUUCACUGUUCGCAAGGCCAAGUCUGCACGCUUUGGCGCGGGCUCCACUCCCGCCUCCCUCGACCCCGAUUUCACUCUGCGCGCACCCCAGGGACAGGGCCUCGCUGGCGAGGACCAGACGUACCAGGCCCCCUUGCUGGAAGUGCUCUGGGACCGAGUCCGCCACGGAGAGCUCGAUGAUGCCGUCAGUGUCUGUGAGCAGGGCGGAGAACCGUGGCGCGCGGCAUCCCUCAUUGGAGGGCGACGUUGGUCUGUUGGUGGUUUGACCAAGGACAGCUUGCCAGUCUCUGCGCUUCAGGGCAACAGGGCACGCGCAUUAUGGAAGAAGAGCUGCAGGGCCAUCGCCAAGAACCCAACUCUCUCUUCAGCAGAACGGUCUCUCUACGCAGCUCUUAUCUCUGACCUGCCUACCCUCCUCCCCGCCUGCACAACAUGGGAGGACCAGCUCUGGGCAUACAUCCAGGCUCGACUCGAGAACCGUAUCGACCGUAGGGCCCAGGAACUUGGUGGCUUCUGGCAGGAGGAGGACAUCAGCAUCGGUGUUGAUGAUGAGGAGAGUGGAGGCUCUGCCAGCGACAGCAUUGAGGAUGUGUUUGCGCGUAUCGCGGCUGUUCAGACUGGAGACAUUGCGUGGGUGUUCCGCGAAGAAGGUGUUGCUGACCAGGACAGCGCGGCCUCCCAGAGCCCAUACAUUGCGGUCCAGAGAUACGUCAUUCUUGGCAGAACAAACGACCUCCUCGUCAACUUUGCGGAUCGUCUCGCCACCAUUCAGAAUUCGGUGCCUCCUGACCAAGUUGGUCCCCUUGUUCGUUUCUUCGCCCACCUUGUGCUCGUCUUGCGCUCCCUCGGCCAGCCGGUUUCAGAAACCGCGGCUAAUGCCAUCAUCGAGGCGUACCUCUCGGUUCUGGAGGAUCGCGGUAACGACACCUUAGUCGCUAUGUACGCGGCGUGCCUGCGCGAGGGCAACGGCGAGGAGAGCUACGCCCGGUUCCUCAGGUCGAUGGACCCCAACGCCACGCGCCAGCAGAAGCAGGAGGCGCUCCUCCGUGCCAAGCAGUACAACCUCGACGUUGCUAUCAUCGCCAAGGAGACUGUGCGCUUGAUCCUCGAGGACGCUUUCGCGUUCAUUCCCUCCCUGUCCACCGACCAGCCAGACAUCACCUCGUUCUCCGCCUCGUUGACCGAGCGCGAUGUCCAGCUGAUUCGGUCAAUCGAAUGGCUUACGAUGGUGCCCGAGACGCUGGCAGAGGCGCUGGUUCGCUCGAACGAUGUGGCACGUUACUUCCUUGCUCUUGGCCAAGCCAACGCAGCCCAGGCGCUGCUGAAGACGCUGCCUGAUUUCGGCGCUCUCGACGCCGAGGCCGAUGCGGGCCAUGACGGACAGCUUGUGGAGCACACCGACUACCGCAAGCUCUUGGCCACCUUCGCGGUCCACGAUCUCAUCGAGGAGGUUCAGAGCCGUGCCCCCAAGGCGACCACCUCCAAGGUCGAGCAGCUCAACUGGCGCAAGAGGCUCUUCCAGGUCAUUGACCAGGUCAAUGGCGAGACUCGUGACCUCCUCAUUUCGGACUGGCUCAACUUCCCCAUCCAGUCGCGGUCUACGUACUCGACCCAGAGGCGAAAGGAGCUGCGUCGCAUCCGCCAGAUCUUCAUCCCAGACCUCGUGCUGCGCCUUCACGCCCAGCUCAUGGACAACAGGGCCCUCUUCCCUCAGUUACUUCAGACGGCUCUGGAGAUGACCAAGCUCGUGGCCGACGAGGAGCACAAGGUGUACGUCGAGUUCCUCGGCCAGGACAACAAGCCAUACCGUCUUGUUGCGUACCUCGACCGUGUGCGCGAGUCGAGCAUGGCCGCGCUGCAGGGCGGGAGCAGCAACCCCAUCGUGGCGGCUGUAGCAAACUAGACAUAUAUUCAUCGUUCGGGUCAUGGGUAGGCAAUAGGGACGUAGACUACAAGUAUGUUAAGAUGGUGCAAUACAGACAGUGAAGCAGGGCAAGAAAGGUCGUCAAGGCGUCAAGGUGAUCCAAAGCCAGUACUUCUCAGUGCCAGGGCUGAGAGUGCUGAAGGACAUCUUGGGCUGGAACAUGCGGUCAAAGACUGGGGCGUGUGAGUUCAUCGCCUCUGCUC